AUGGCUUCUUCUUCCCGCGAUCUUUUUGAUCGGCAAUUUGAGCAGCAAUUUGAUCAGUAUUUUGAUCAAUAUUUCGAGCAGUAUUUCGAGCAAACAUUUCAGAAUCUUCUCAGUGAUCAAGAAGCGGCUACCUCAUCAAAGAAAAAACGAGCUGUCAUAGAAAGACAUCGAGAAGAAGGCCACAUAAGAUUAUGGAAUGAUUAUUUCAGCGAAAACGCAAUAUACCCUGAUCACCUUUUCCGGCGACGUUUUAGAAUGAACAAAGCAUUGUUCUUGCGUAUUGUUCAUCGGCUCUCCAACGAAGUCCCUUUCUUUCAACAGAGGAGAGAUGCUCGGGGUAGACUUGGUCUAUCUGCACUUCAAAAAUCUACAACCGCAAUUUGUCUCUUAGCUUAUGGUACUACGCUUGAUUCCGUGGACGAGUACCUCCGUCUAGGAGCAACUACUGCUCGUUCAUGUCUUGAAAAUUUUGUGGAAGCAAUUAUAAAUCUUUUUGGGGACGAGUACCUCAGAAGACCCACAGCAGAAGAUCUUCAACGUCUACUUAAUAUUGGAGAGGAACGCGGUUUUCCCGGGAUGAUAGGAAGCAUCGACUGUAUGCAUUGGGACUGGAAGAAUUGUCCUACCGCUUGGAAAGGCCAGUAUACACGUGGUUCUGGGAAACCCACAAUAGUUUUAGAAGCGGUUGCUUCAUAUGAUCUCUGGAUUUGGCAUUCAUUCUUUGGACCUCCAGGUACCCUCAACGAUAUUAAUGUUCUUGAACGUUCACCCGUUUUUGAUGACAUUAUAAAAGGUCAAGCUCCGAAAGUGAAUUUCUUUGUCAAUGGAAGGGAGUAUCAUUUGGCAUACUAUCUGACAGAUGGUAUAUAUCCAAAAUGGGCAACUUUUGUCCAAUCUAUUCCAUUACCACAAGGCGAAAAAGCACGCAAAUUUGCUGAAGUUCAACAAUCUACCCGGAAAGAUGUCGAACGUGCUUUUGGAGUCUUGCAAUCAAGAUUUGCUAUAAUCAAAAAUCCUGCUUUGUUUUGGGAUAAAGCAAAAAUUGGAAAGAUUAUGAGAGUUUGUAUCAUCCUCUACAAUAUGAUAGUCGAAGACGAACGAGACGGAUACAUGCAUUCUAAUGUUGAAGAAUUCCAACAAGGAGAAGGAGGGGGAAGUUCUAGUGUGGAUUACUCGUAUUCCACAACUACGCCUACAAAUAUUCUAAAUAUGAUGGACACCCGGAAAAAAGCUCGAUCAAGAGAUGUGCAUCACCAAUUAAAAAAAAAAUUUAGUUGA